AUGGGAUGGAUGGACAUGGGUGGACUGGAUGUUGCAGUUGAAAAUUUGAGAGGAACGAUUGGGAAGAGCCGUCAUCCCGGGACCAGUGAUGGAAAGCAUAGUUCCUCUGGAGGUGAUGAUGAUGGUGCUGACAAAGAGAAUCUACCUUGUCAAAGAAAAGACUACAGAGUAAAGGCUUCAAAUGACUCGAGUGACGACGACUUCGAUCAAUUUCUUAAAACGCUUUCCACGCCGAAAAGCAAGACGCCAUCUAAAACGCCUUUGUCUAUGUCAAGUAAGAAAAGCAGUGUUGUCGUCUUGAGUUCAGACAGCGAUGGCACGUUUGAGACUUUUCUGACUCGGGUAAAGACUCCAAACAUCAAAUCUCGGACCGAUGCAAAGAGUGAGAGCAAAGACAGCUUCAAAGAGUUUCUAGUAAACGACAGCUGUUCUGACGAUGACUUUAUUGACGCCAAAUCAGUUCGAGCUGUGCCCAAGAAGCCCCUCACUCCCUCUGUGCCUCUGCUGAGAAGACCACUAUCUCAGUGUGACUCUCCGGUUUUUGUCAGUGACAGUGAUGAUGAUGAUGAGGAAAAUAUUGUAAUAAAGAGCACAUGGAAAACCCGUCAAAAGAAGAAUAAACCCUCCUCAAUCAAGACCAAGGGGAGAACAUUAGACGAUGAAGAGGAUGAUGAUGAUUCCUCAUUGUUUAUGACGGCUAAGCCUUCUCCGUCGUCAGUCUUGUCCAGUAGAAUGACCUUGUUGACGGCAGAGGUUCCGCAGCGAACAUUCUCGGCACCAUCCAGACUCGAUGAACCUUCAAGUUCAGAAGAGGAGUUUACUUCGCUUUUGGACAGACUUAAAAAGAAAAAUAAAUUGCCGUUUAGUACGCCUUCACCUGCCCCCAGUAAAGAGGUCAAGAAACCGGUUGUUCCUCACACUCCCAUAAACGGAUGGAAGGCUUCAAAGCUGAAUGUUAUAAAUGACACGCCAAGCAAUUUUAUCACUCCAAGCAAAAAGAUUACAGUCAAAGCGACUCUUAGCCAAACAGAGCCUCGGUGUGGCCCAAGCAGCAGAACACAAUUGUGUAAAACCCCCGGCUGCUUUUUGGAAACACUUUCAAACCCUGGGACAACUUAUGGACGCAACUUUAAGAUAAACAAGGAAGAACUCACAAGUAGACUGUUUAAACUCUAUAAUGCCAGUGUGUUUGAUGGAAAGCUUCCAGCCACCAUGUCUGUUACAUGGAAUAAGAAGAUGCGCAAAACGGCAGGUUACUGCGUCACAGGACAAGAACGAGGAGGUGGAGGCCGCUACGCUCGCAUCGAACUGUCGGAGAAAGUCUGUGACUCUGCAGACCGUUUGCGAGACACUCUGAUCCAUGAGAUGUGUCAUGCGGCUACAUGGCUGAUAAACGGAGUCCGUGAUGGACAUGGAAACUUCUGGAAGCUGUACGCCCGCAAGUCGACAGUGGUGCAUCCUGAGCUGCCCGUGGUCACGCGCUGCCACAGUUAUGACAUCAAGUUCAAGUUUCAGUACAAGUGUACGCGCUGUGAGAAUACGAUUGGGCGCCAUUCUAAAUCCCUUGACACAGACAGGUUUGUGUGUGCCCUCUGCACAGGGAGGCUGGUCUUGCUUAAUCCUACCAAGGCUCCGACGCCUUUUGCAAACUUCGUCAAAGAGAAUUACGGAAGUGUGCGGCAGGAGCUGGUGGGACAAAGCCACGCGGAGGUGAUGCGUAAAUUAAGUGCUGACUUUGCCUUGAAGACGAAAGUCAGUCAAAGUUGA